CGUUCACCACAAACAUCUCCUGGGAACUUCUGUUAUAUAGAUGUCUAUAGAAAAUACCAGUGUGGUGUCUGAAUUUAUUUUUCUUGGAUUUGAUGAUCAGCCAGAACUCAAGAUUCCCAUUUUCAUAAUGUCUUUGAUCAUCUAUAUUAUCACCGUGGUGGGCAAUCUGGGACUCGUUUUGCUGAUCAGAAAGGAUUCUCAGCUUCACACGCCCAUGUAUUUUUUCCUUGGUAAUUUGGCUGUUCUUGAUUUUUGCUACUCUUCCAGCAUUACUCCUAAGGCUUUGGAAAUUUUUCUUUCAGAAAGGAGACCCAUUUCCUUCACAGGCUGCUUCAUCCAAAUGUAUUUCUUCGUGGCUUUUGCAACUACUGAAUUCAUCCUUUUUGGGCUAAUGGCCUAUGACCGUUACGUGGCCAUCUGCAAUCCUUUGCUGUAUACAUCUAUCAUGUCCCACACUCAGUGUAUCAAGAUGGCAGGCGGAGCAUUUGCAGGUGGCUUCCUGAACUCAAUUAUUCAUACCACUAUGGUAGGUACUUUGUCUUUCUGCCAGUCUAAUGAGAUCAACCAUUUCUUUUGUGAGAUCCCCCCACUCCUCAAGCUCUCAUGCUCUGAUACAUUUGUGGCAGAAAUGCUUGUUUUCAUUUGUGCUGGAGCCAACCUGUUGGGUUCUCUCUUGAUCAUACUGAGCUCUUACACUUGCAUCCUUUCCAUGGUGUUCAAGAUGAAAUCAGCAGAGAGUCGCCAAAAAGCCUUUUCCACGUGCAGCUCUCAUUUGGUUGCUGUGACUAUUUUCUAUGGAACUUGCCUGUUUAUAUAUUUGCAGCCUAGUUCCAAACUUUCAGAUAAUCGUAAUAAAUUUGUCUCUUUGUUUUAUGCUUUCAUCAUUCCUAUGCUCAACCCUCUGAUCUAUAGUUUGAGGAACAAGGAGGUGAAGGAUGCACUGAGAAGACAAAUGGAUAAGAACAAUUUUCACAUUUACUCUAUCUGCUUUGUCAAUACUUUUUCAAGCCAAUAA